AUGUUGCCAGCCCUCGUCGCGCCGCUGCCGCUCCUGUUCCGCCCCGUCUCCCUCAGCCUGCUAGACGCUGCGCACGCGAUCGAGGCGGCCUCGUACCCUGCCGACGAGGCGGCCUCGAGGGACAAUCUCGAGAAGCGGCUUCGAGACGCGGCUCCCUACUUUUACGGUGCCUUCGACGAUAGCAGCGGGGCGCUGCGUGGCUUCGUGUGCGGCACUUGCACAUCCUCCGAGGCGCUCACAGAGGAGGCGAUGUCGACGCACGAGCCCGACGGCGCCGUGCUGUGCAUACACUCCGUGGUGGUCGAUGAGGCAUACCGGAGGCGCGGCGUCGGCGCCUGGAUGCUGCGCUCCUACCUCGCCGAGGUGGCGGCUGCGGGCCGUGUGCGAACUGUGCUCCUGCUUUGCAAGCCUCACCUCGAGGCUUACUACGCGGCAGCGGGCUUUGCAUCGCUCGGAGACUCUGGCGUCUCGCACGGCGCGACACCAUGGACGUUGAUGCGGCUCGGGCUGAGGACCUCGUAG